GGCUUCCUGGCUCCCGGAAGUGGAGGGUCUACACAGAUCGCCGCUGGGUCUGGGUGCCCGGAGGCGGCAGCGCUCUCCAAGUUCGCCGGCUGUGGCCUCCGACCGCCAUGUCGGCCUUCGACAACAACCCUUUUGCGGACCCAGUGGACGUGAACCCCUUCCAGGAUCCUUCUGUGACCCAGCUGACCAACGCCCCCCAGGGUGGCCUGGCUGAAUUCAACCCUUUCUCAGAGACAAAUGCGGCCACCACGGUUCCUGCCACACAGCGCCCCGGGCCCUCGCAGCCAGCGGUUCUGCAGCCCUCCGUGGAGCCCACGGAGCCGCACCCCCAGGCUGUGGUGGCUGCAGCCCAGGCAGGCCUGCUCCGGCAGCAGGAAGAACUGGACAGGAAAGCUGCUGAGCUCGAGCGCAAGGAGCGCGAGCUACAAAACACCGCAGCUAACUUGCAUGUGCGGGAGAACAACUGGCCCCCACUGCCCUCUUGGUGCCCUGUCAAGCCCUGCUUCUACCAGGACUUCUCCACCGAGAUCCCCGCCGACUACCAGCGCAUCUGCAAGAUGCUCUACUAUCUCUGGAUGUUGCACUCACUGACUCUGUUUCUGAACCUGCUUGCGUGCCUGGCCUGGUUCACCAGCGACAUGGCCGGCGGCGGAGGAACGGCCUUCGGUCUCUCCAUCCUGUGGUUUGUGAUCUUCACCCCCUGUGCCUUCCUUUGUUGGUACCGACCCAUCUACAAGGCUUUUAGGUCUGACAACUCUUUCAGCUUCUUCGUGUUCUUCUUCGUGUUUUUUUGUCAAAUAGGGAUCUACUUCAUCCAGUUGAUUGGCUUGCCUAACCUGGGCACCAGUGGUUGGCUGGCAGCCCUGUCUUCCAUUCAUCAAGGACCCUUGGCUGUGUCGAUCAUCAUGAUGGUGGUCGCUGGCUUUUUCACCCUCUGUGCUGGCCUCUCACUCUUCCUCCUCCAGCGGGUGCACUCCUUCUACCGGCGCACGGGAGCCAGCUUCCAGCAGGCCCAGGAGGAGUUCUCCCAGGGCAUCUUCAGCAACAGAACCUUCCGCAGUGCCGCCACCUCUGCCGCCCAGGGAGCCUUCCAGGGCAACUAAGCCUCCUGACUGCCCUCCUGCCCCGGCCUCCUCUCUCGCCUGCCUUCUGAGCUGCACUUGCCAUGGGUGCUUUAUGCAGUGGCUCUGCCCAGCACAGACCUGCGGGGUCCUUCCUCAGCAAUCAGCGCCUCCCCCAGGACCCCAGGACCCCAGGGAAGGGCGGGGGCAGGGACAGGGAUUUUUUUUUUUUUUACAUGCGAGAAAAGCAAAAAUAACAUAACUGUCUUUUCCUUCUCUGGUAA